AUGACCUAUAAGUUAUCCUAUGAUAUCAAAAGCUCGGCUUUAAUUAUUGCAUUGAUCCUUGUUCCUAUCGUUGUUCUCAUCUUCGUUGUUGUGGUCGCUCUUGCGUGUUCCAAUUACUGGAGCAUUCAUUCUCUCAAAGAAUCGUGCCUGUCGUGUUUGUCGUGCUUCAGUCUUUGGAAGCAGCAGAGACGCAACAAAAUCCCAUCGGACUCGGAGGCCUGCCCCGUCACCUCCCACUCGACUUUUGCUCGUGCGACAGAGGCUGCGGAUAUUCGGAUUGAGUUCGAGCGUCCUGUCACCAACAGUGAACAUAUCCCUUCCCGUCGUUCAUCCCUUUCUGCAAGCGUGGAAUAUGAUUCAAGUGAUCCUGCGGCAUCAACCAGAACCCCGUCUCUCAGUGAUAGUCUUUACAAUAUCGAUGUGGUGAAAAUUCGUCAGGAUCAUGCUGCAGCUUCUCGAGGUAUCCGCAAGACUGGUUUUGACGUGAAUGAAGACCCAUUUACCGACCAGACAUCGCGAUGCCGUGUUGAUCCUCGAAAAGGACUUAUGACCAGGAGUGGGUAUCAAUUAGCGCCACAACUUCUUGUUCGCUGGAGCUCCGGGUCUUAUGGCUCUGUAGACCCAUGUCUUUCAUCGAGGUCAACCUCGGCUUCCGGCGCAAUGGAACCACAGGGAGAUUCCAUCUCAAAACAUAAAUUCAGAGUGGGUAGUGCCCGGUCUAUAUCGAACAUGCUGCGCCCAGGGUCUUCCAGAUUACUAUGUCCGCUCGAGCUACCUGUCGCGUUUGCUAGCGUGAGAUCCUACACGGGCUGGCCGUGCAUGGGGACAGGUUCGAUGUCUGUAUGGGCGUCGGUAAAUGUAUCUGCUGAUGUUGAGCCCAUUUCACUGCCCGAGAGCUCGAGCCUUGCACCCCUUGACAUCAUUAUACUUUUUGACAGCUUGCAGCAAUCUUCUGUUAGCCUCUUGACACCAAUGGUCCUGGCAUCUUCUGUGCUUACUUCAAAUUUGCUCAUCAACAGUGACAGGAUAGCCAUAGCAUGUGUUGACGGAAGUUCUAGAAAUGGGUUCGAGCUAUUGCUCCCGUUGGGGUUCCACUCAUUCGAGACGUUGAGAACUGCUCUGAAUGAAUUUUCUCUCCGUCAGUCGAAGAAGAAAACGAGAAGAUCCCCCGACGCGGGCAAUUCUAUUCGACAGGCAUCUCGACUCUUCUACCUGUCUCCCAGAGCAGCGUUUUGUCAUCUGGUAUUCAUUUCUGCGUGUCCUCCAGAAAAUCUGUUUAUAUCUGGCGUGGACACGGCUAUUGGUAUCCACACGAUCUCUCCCCAGCUUCGUUUUCCCCUUGACACAGCGAACCAUCCACUUGGCUGGCACGUUUUCUAUGAUGCCGACGGAGAUGAUCCACGAUCCUGCGAAGUUCAUUUUAUGCGAAAGGUCUCCAAAGUCGUCCGGCAGCUUCGUACUGGCCUUAGCUCUGGGGCCCUAUCGGACUUGAAACUGUUCGUUGAGCAGGGCCACGGAUGCCAGUUUGAGUCGGCAAUGGAAGACUGCCACCUGGCGCGGUUACGACCAGGGGAGACCUGGGUCUUGAAAGUGAAAAUUGGUGUGCCGAUCGAGUUUUAUCAGGAAACUCAAUUGACUGAACAUCCUGUACUCGAAGACUUGAUCAGGCAGAUCAACAGUGUUCUAAAAGCGUAUUCUUCUGAGCCAGCUGCCCAGCAUAUUCUAAGCGGCCGCCUCGAGCACCAGCACUCUUUACUACCGAAACCGCAUACGGUUUGUUUGGAAACUCAUUGCACCAUCUCACGCACCCCGGGUGUGCCGCCCCGUCCUUCUAACGACCACCGCGAAGUUUCCGCGCUAAUGUCGUAUGAACUUGAUGAUGAUGCUAUCAGUAUCAGCUUGGGAUCUGCAAGCGAACUCAGUUGA